AUGGUUUCACAUACGGUAUCGUUCCGACCUUUCUCAUUUCAACUAGGUGAUUCGACCAAUUCGUUGUCACGACGAGACAGGGAAGAUUUUAUUUCUCCAGAUGCAAGCCUGCCUCCAUCUCGCCUCCCAAGCAAUUCUGAAGGCAAAGAUACACCAAGUGUUCCAUAUAAGAAUCCACGAAGAAGUCAAAGAUCGAUUGAUGGCCCCAAAUCCCCGGAGAAGUUUGAAGAAGAAGUAUCCGAGCCUGCGUCGCAAGCAGCUGGGAGCUCUAACAGGCAGCCAGCACCAUCCCCCCGAUCACCAACAUUUCAACUGUCUCGAUCACCACGUUCGUCUGCCUCUGGAACAUCACAGACACCAACACUACCUAUCACCAAAUCUUCUCAGAAGAAUCUUCAUUUAACAGGCUUCGACCCAAGAUCUGAGCCAGCUGUGCCGAUGCAGGACCAACAGCUGUCACCCACCCAGAAAGCAUGUCCCCCUCUCCCACUCUCGCUUAUAAGAAGUAUAUCGUCAAAUAGCUCAGGCAGUGUCUACAACCAAGCUGAACCUAUUUUUCAAUAUGAGCAAGCCGGAUCAACGAAGAACUCGAGCACGUCUAUCGAGCAAUCCUCAUUUUCGGAAGGUGAAUACCUGGCUUCACCCAUCUACAAUGAUUCCGAACACAACUCGAAGGUCUCAAAUAUAUCUAGACCAAAUUUGAAGCCAAAUUUGAGUGCCGACAAAACCAUGCAACCGCCUCCGCUACCUCCAUCAGAAGUAGGUCCUCAAACCCAAAAUCAGCCAGAAAACGGAUCGCUCCCACUACCUAGCUUUCCGACGAGUGUGUAUUCAACAGACUCAAACGAGAGGACUACUCUUCCGGAGAUCCUUUCCCAAGGAGAACUUCGAUACGAUGAAGAGCUUGGGAAAGACAGUUCAAGUGCCAACAAAAGAGCCAAUCCAACAACACCAAUUCUAGCCACCUCGCCACUCCGUUUGCUAUCUACGCCAACUGCUCCAAAUGCAAAACGACGGACGAAACCCAAAGACAUCACCGUCACCUACGAUAAUGAACCAUCACCCAUCCUCACAGUGCAAGACACCCUAGAAUGGGGCAUUUACGACCCCAGCAGGAUCAGCUCCUCGAUCAAAAGCAAACGCACCACCACAUCUGCAAGUCCCAUGUUCAGCAUGGAGAGCGACCACCUUACACUCCCUCCUCCUCUCGGUUCUCCUCUCCCCGAAAUAAACGAAUCUGUAAAGAGGAGAAGAUCAUUCGAAGCAGACGCCAAAAAUCUUACGGAGAGUUCGCUCCCGUUACACGCCGGGCGAGGUGCUACUACUGAAGGAGAUGAGGAGCGAGAUUCCGUGCCGUCGCUACCAAAACCGGGCAAUGUCAAGCGUAGUUGGUCGAACACUUUCAAACAUUGGUCUCCGACUAGAAAGAAGCACAUCAUCACAAAUAGUGCGAGAAGGGCUGAUGGACCAGCUACGCCUAUGCCACCGAAGUAUGGCGUCAUGGAGAGCAUGAUGAGGGGAAAGGAGGUGCUUGAGAAGGUGGGGAAGAGUUUUAUUGGUCCGAGUAAAGAGGAGAAGAGGAGGGAGAUGGAGCAAAAGACGAGAGAAGAUAAGAAGAGGGAGAGUUUGAAGAAGAAAAUUCAAGUUCUUGAGUUUGAGAAUCAGGAUCCUAGUGACAGACGCCCCGGAUGGGUUUGAGCUGAAGACGAAGGCUAGUAUGGCAUAAAGAGGAGGG